GGUGGAGCCUUGUGGUUGUAGUGGCAGGGGUACCGUGCAUCGCUCUCAGAAGACCCAGGCAAAGGGACGGUUCAGCCACCACCCUCUGCUCCUGCUCUGCUGGGGACACGCUGCCCCUUGGUGGAUGCGUCGCGAUGACAGCGAAGACAAAUCAGACUGUGCAGAAUGGAAGUGCCAAGGUGGGUGCAAGAAGAGUUCCAGGGCACCAGGAAAACGUGCUGCAGAGGGUCCUGCAGCUGCCGGUGGUGAGCUCGACCUGCGAAAGCCUCCAGCGGACCUACGCCAGCACCAAGGAGGCCCACCCGCUCAUGGCCUCGGUGUGUGAGGUUUAUGAGCGGGGCGUGCAGGGCGCCGGCGCCUUGGCCAUGUGGAGCAUGGAGCCCGUGGUGCGCAGGCUGGAGCCUCAGUUUGCUGUGGCUAACGACCUAGCUUGCCGGGGCUUGGACCAACUGGAAGAGAAGAUCCCUGCCCUCCAGUAUCCUGUCGACAAGCUUGCAUCUGAACUGAAGGAUACCAUCUCCUCCCCCAUCCAAAGUGCCAAAAACACUCUUGGCAACUCCAUGGAUAAGAUCAUGGAGCUGGCGGCAGAAGGUUACGAGGCCACCAAGAACACUGUGGAAACAACAGCAAGGUACACAAGGAGGAACUCGGUGAGCCAGAUGGCAGCUGCAGGGGUCGACACAGCCCUGGGAGGGCUGGAGAAGCUGGUGGAGUACCUUCUGCCAGAGGAGGAUGAAGAAGCAGAUCAGAAGCCCAAAGAGCCAUGUGGGGCAGUAAAAGUCUCCCAGCAGCAGUCCAGUGCUCCCAGCACUCCCAGUUCUCCCAGCACCCUGGGCCGGAUCGGUGCCUUGGUUAACACUGUCUCCCACCGCGCUUACCAGCAAACCACUCAAGGCCUCCAGCACGCCAAAGCCAAAGGGCAGAAGAUUAUCAUCUGUAUCCCCAUCCUGGGCAGCCUGGCCAAGCCCAGCACCUCUGAGGCACCACAAGUCCACAGUGAUGGGCAGGGCACCACCACCGGCUGGUUGAGUCGGCGGCAGAGCAAGGUGCCAGAGCAGAAGCAGGAGAAGGUGGGGAAGAAAGAUGACACCACCACCAAGGAGGCAGGGGACAGCCCUGGGCUGGUGGGCAGCGUGGCACACAACCUGCAAAGCGCCUGUGCCUCUGGCAUCUCCAGUGCAAAGAAGGUCCCAUCCGUGGCCUGGGACGCGGCAGAGGGGAUGAUCCUCUUCAGCCCCCGCAGGCUGUCUAAGGCCUUGGAGACGGUGGAUGCUCUGGGAGGGACACUCAUCAGUGCCCCCAAACACCUGCUGGGCACCCUGUACAGCUACGUGCCGCUCCGCAGGCAGUCAGUGAAGGAAGAGGAGGCAGCCAAGGGCAGCAAGCCCAGCCCCGAGACAGAGAAGAAGGAGGAGGAUGCCAAGCCUGCCACCCCGCCCCCCGAGGAGAAAUCCCAGCUGAGGGGUGACUGGCGACUGUACCGUGGCCAUCACCCCCUCUCCUUCCUGGGGCUCGAGGACCCCCUCUUCCUGCGGCACAACCUCUAUCGCGGCCCUGCCUUCGAGCCCGAGUGCCCCCUCCCACGGAAAUCCGCCUUUGCCCCCUACAACAGGCGAGUGAGCGAGGGCUCCUACCGCUUCAGUCCCGACGCCAUGUACAACCGGGCUUACUACACCAACUUCUACAGCCCUGCCUUCAAGAAGGACUGAGCUGGUGGGGAGGAUGAGCGCAUCCCAACCCCACUCUAAUCCCCCCCAGCACACUUUGCCCAGGCCCUCGCCAGCUGCCCGCACACACCUCUGUACUGGGACAGGAGCUCAAAGUGGUAGACGUGCCACGGGAUGUCUUCCUCUGGAGUGCAUUGGGGCCAGGAUGAGGGAAUAAAGGCAGUCAAAAGCCUUGGUGGUAGAAGGAGAAGGUAGGGCGAGGUUGAACCAGAGGGGACCAGAGAAGCAAGGGACAUGCAGGAAAAGCGGUGAGAGCCAGAAAGAAAGGGACCAGCCAGGCCUGGCACUGGGCUGCCCUGGUCCCCGUUGAGUAGACAGUGUGGACUUACAUUGAGAACAGUGCUGAGACAGAGAAGGGAGGACGAAAAAGCCAUCAAACCACUAUAGCAAACCUGGUUCCCCAUUCUUCCUUCCUCCAUACCCCCUCGCAGGGGCCAUCCCUGGCCACAGAUUGCUCUUCUAUGGAGGAGCUGAAGGUCCCCACCAACUUGCAGGACUCACGAGUCAGAAAUCCCUGGGCACCCACCCCCAGCUGAUGGUGGGACAGAUGGUAGAGUCAAGAAAAAGACCAAUGAAAACAGGUGGAGCUUCUGGAGCCCCUCUGUCCUGCAGGACCAUCUGGCUUCCCGCAACACCUUAUUGUAUUCACUGCAAUAAUAA